UGAACGAUGCUGCCCCAUUGAAGGCAAACAGCAAACCACUCUCUUUAUCAAGCCCUCGCAGCCUUCAGCUCCUUCCCCAUGCCUUCGUCAAGCUUUUCCACCAACAUGAGGUUAAAAUUUUCUGUCCUGGCGAUUGUUCUGGAGGUGAUCCUCAUUGCUUUAUUUGGGAUAUUUGUAAGAUACAAAGAAGUCAACAUUUAUCUACUCGGAGAAGACCAAACAGUACACAUUGAGCUGUACCCAUUUUUUCAGGAUGUUCAUGUGAUGAUAUUUGUUGGAUUUGGUUUCCUGAUGACUUUCCUGAAGAAAUAUGGAUUCACCAGUGUUGGAAUCAACAUGCUCAUUGCUGCUGUUGGUCUCCAGUGGGGCACCCUCAUGCAAGGGUUUUGGCAUAUGAAAAGAGGGGAAAUUCAUGUUACUGUUAAAAGCAUGAUCAAUGCAGACUUCAGCACGGCAACUGUCUUGAUUUCAUUUGGAGCUCUCCUGGGGAAAACAAGCCCAGUCCAAAUGAUGAUCCUAGCAAUUCUGGAGAUCACACUCUUUUCAUGCAAUGAGUACCUUGUUGUGGACGUCCUGAAAGCCACAGAUACUGGAGCAUCAAUGACUAUUCAUGCUUUUGGAGCUUACUUUGGUCUGGCUGUAGCCCGAGUCUUGUAUCGCCCUGGUUUGAAAAAAGGUCAUGAAAAUGAAGGGUCUUCCUAUCACUCAGACAUGUUUGCUAUGAUUGGCACUCUUUUCCUCUGGCUGUUUUGGCCCAGUUUCAACUCUGCCAUUGCUGCACCUGGGGACCCUCAAUACAGAGCAAUAGUUAAUACUUACUUCUCUCUAGCUGCAUGUACGGUCACAGCAUUUGCCUUCUCCAGCUUAACUGAGCAUAGAGGCAAGUUUGAUAUGGUUCACAUUCAAAAUGCCACCCUAGCAGGCGGAGUAGCAGUGGGGUCCUGUGCUGACUUGGGCAUCCAGUCUUUUGGCGCUAUGUUGAUUGGUUUUGUUGCUGCAAUCAUCUCUGUCAUUGGAUUCAAGUUCCUGACUCCAUUUUUUGCUUCUUAUCUAAAAAUUCAAGACACUUGUGGAGUCCAUAAUUUACAUGGUUUGCCUGGAUUACUGGGCGGGAUUGCAAGCAUCAUUGCAGCUGCGGUAAAAGUGGAACAUGCGCCAUUUCAUCCUGUUUCCCCUGGUAUGCAAGCUGCUGCCUUGGGUUGUACACUAGGAAUUGCACUAAUAGGAGGAGCGUUUGCAGGUUUAAUUCUGAAUUUGCCUUUCUUGGGUCAAGCCCCGGAUCAGAACUGCUACAACGACUCAGUUUACUGGGAGGUCCCAGAAGAAACCAAACAACUUGUUGAAAUGCCCAGUGAACAAGACACUCAGAGAUUUAAUAUCAACAUGUAGAUGGAUUUCUCCAUUAUUAACUUCAGUCCUAAUGGUGUCGUUUUCAGACAUUAGUGGUUUUCAAUAAGUAAAGGAAUGUAGAGAGCUAUAGUUUGGUAAGAUGAAAUAAGCUUUAAUAAGAAUAUAUUGUCCCUACCAAAUUUGAUAUACACAAUGCAUAUUUCAAGCUCCGUUGAAUUUAAAAGGCUUUCAAAUGCAUAUGCUUACCUAACAUUGAAAGCAGCUAACUGGAUUGCAAUAUUCCCUGUAUUUCAGCAAUCUAUCAUAACUCAAGUUCUUUAAGUUGAUUUCCCAUCUGUGUGUUUCUACCAUGCUUAGCGCCAAGGUUUCAUGUUUAGCAGCAAGUAUUCAGAAUCUGGAAUGAGACAUUUCUUUAGCAAGACAUGGAAAAGUUAGACCAGGAAGAAUUUCAUACCCUCUAAUCUAGUACAGGUAAACUGAGAGAGAAUAAAGAAAAGAUCUGUAGGUGUUUAUUUUGGUUUCCAAAAUGCUUUUUUACUAAAGACCUCCACACGAAACUGUUAUGAAACCAUGCCUACCUAAUGAGUCAUAAACCCUGUUGUGGAUUAAAAUCUGGUCAAGUAAUAGGAAAUAAAGUGAUAGGAAUUCACAACUAAUUUUAAGUGCAAAAAAUGGCUAUCAGCGAGGUAUCUAACACAGACAUAUGACAACUCUGUCUUCAGUAUACUUUUAAUGAUCUCAAUGAGUAAGUGAAUGCGAGGUGGGAGAAAAUGUAUUAUUAACACAAUAAUUUAGGUUAGUCAAAACCAGGUGAGGCAAUUCAGAAGCACCUUCUAAACCCUAUGUAACUGUGCAACAUUUUGUCUGAUGAAAUCUAGCAUUUUCCUGCUUAUGCAGGGGGUCGGACUCGAUGAUCUAUUGAGGUCCCUUCCGACCCUAACAUCUAUGAAUCUAUGAAUUGGCAAGCAGAAGAUGAUAUUUAUUGAGAGGCAAGCCUAAAGACUGACUUGUGUUCAUUGACUGGUUCUGAGCUCACCACACAUGCAAGAACAAGUUCUGGAUUGUUAAGACAGUCAUUGAAGAAGCAUGUGUGUCAGAGCAGAAUCACAUGUAAAAUGCCUAUGUGUCGCAUCUUGAAGUCUGAAAGUGCUUCAUCUGGAAAAACAACCCAGCCAGAAACAGGACAAAGGGCCAAGAGGACCAACAAAAAAUAAUAAGGCUCCAUUAAGUUCAUUAAGAAGAGAACUUAAGUGGAAGGACAAAAUUAAAAGAAGUUUUGAGCAAGCAUAAAACAGUACUACAGAGAAGCUCAGUUACGCAGUCCUUUUUAUUAUGUGCCAUUGUCCAAUUAAUAAGAGGCUUUCUGAUUAAAAUGAAAGGGAGCAAAUUUAAAAAUGCAAGAAAGUGUGUAGGACUAAUGAGUAGAGCUCAUUUCUUCAAGCUACGACUUAUGCCAAACAGAAGCACCAAUUAGAUUUUAGAAAGUGGUGUGAGCAGGAUAAAGCAGAUGAGCUUGCAAUGGCCUUAUAAGGACUGUUUUGCUUUAGGGCUGACAACUGAAAGUUAGUGAGGAAGUCCUUCCAUGAAGCUGAAUUUCAUUUAAAAAGUACUUACAUGUUCUUCUGAAUCAUCCAAUGCAGGACACCUUAAGAUAGGAUACUGGGUUAAACUGACCAGUAAGGUAAAACCACUGUGUAGUGUUUUAUAUAUAAGCUUUUAUCUAUGAAUUAAAUAUCUAAUUGUUUAAAUACAUUUUAAUACUAUUUUCAGAAAUGUUCAUUUUUGCAGAUAAGCAGGGCCACACUGUGUUAUUCUUUUUUGUCUGAAUGCUGUCUUGUAUCCAAAUACUCUAGGACAUGUAUUGUCUUUAAAUUGGGAAAGGCAAUAGGAGCAGGUCAAUAUAAAUGUUGAAUGUUUAAAGAUUUUAUAAAUACUCUGUGCCUACGUUAGAACAGCAAAGCUGCCCGUGGAUGGGCUGAUUGUACAUAUUUUAUACACAACAGAUGUAAUUCACUCCUGUGCAGAAAGGUAGCAUAAAGCCACUCUUAACUCCCACUGGGCUCAUCUACGUAAGAUGCUAUGUUGGUGUAGUGACAAGCUAUGGUACCGUAGCGUUGAUGGGCACAAAUCGUGAUGCUGACACUACUGCGCAGUAGCAACAAGCUACUGUAUAGUAGCUCAUUGCUACUGCUCAGUAGCAUGGGGAAAGACCCGUGAAGCAUCAGGACUGUGCAGUAAUCCCAGUUAAGCAAGUACUAAAUGAUUGUGCAGUAACAACUGCGCAGUCCAGUGGACAUGUAGAAGCACCCACUGACACCCCAUUUUGAGGAUUUCAGUGGGUUUUAAGUUCACCUUCUAUCUAAGGGUGAAUUUUACCCAUUUGAAGUAUUGACUUUCUGGGACUAGCAAAAGUAAAUGCUACUCAUUGGGCAUUUCUGCACAAGAUGUUUAGUGUCGAGUAGACAAAUUAGCUUGACAGUAAACAUCUCAUUUCUACAUGUGCAGCCCUAUUAGGCUGCAAGAAACUAAUUAACUCCAUAGCAGGGUAGUACUUGUAAAUACAAGUACUAUCCUGCUGUGGAGUUUUUUACUCCACAGCACCACACGUGUAGACACUAAAGGCUCUGGCUGAGGUGAAGGUGUUUCAGUGCAGGGAAUACCUACUAGUUAGCCCCAUACUGGAGCAUCCUCAUGUCCCAGCCAACCCCUCCUCAGCACAUUGAGCCACAUCAAAGCAGCCCUGGGCUGGCAGGCUGACCCUCCAGACCUCUGCCAGCCAAUGCUGCUCUGACUGUGCUCAACAUGGUGCAAUCCUGGGUGCAUAUGGAAAUGCAGUGCCCAGGAGCAAGAAUCUCUGGUGCAGUAAUUGCCGGGGUUUAUGGCAUUGCCUAAAUAAGCAGAUGUGGACUCGCCCAGUCUAAGAAAGUCUCAAAGAAUAAUCCCACAAUUAUAAUGUAACGGGCUGGAACGGGUUCCAAGGGAGGUGGUGUUCUCCCCUACCCUGGGGGUCUUCAAGAGGAGGUUAGAUAAGCAUCUAGCUGGGGUCAUCUAGACCCAGCACUCUUUCCUGCCUAUGCAGGGGGUCGGACUCGAUGAUCUAUUGAGGUCCCUUCCGACCUUAACAUCUAUGAAUCUAUGAAUGAGAAAGCACAAUUCAUCAAUUUGAAAGGAACUGCAAUCAAUAAAAUAAAUAUUUUUAUCCCUA